UCUUUCCCUCUACUUACUCAAUCCCCAAAGCAAUUGAACAACCCUUCUUCGUCAAAUCAAUCUCUAGAACAUACGACCACAUUCACAACCAUGGGAUACCCUGACACCUUUGAAGGUUUCCGCAUUGCGGACCAGAAGAAAUGGACUGACUUCAAAAAGGAGGAGUUCAAACCCAAGAAAUUCGGAGAGCACGACAUCGAUAUCAAGAUCGAAUGCUGCGGUGUCUGCGGCUCCGACGUCCACACCAUCAACGGCGGCUGGGGCGAGGCACCUCUACCCAUCUGCGUCGGCCACGAAGUCGUCGGCAAGGCUAUCAAGGUCGGAGAUGAAGUCAAGACCGUGAAAGUUGGAGACCGUGUCGGUGUUGGUGCUCAGAUCUGGGCUUGCCUGAAGUGCCCUCAAUGCAAGAGUGACAACGAGAACUACUGCCCACACCAGGUCGACACGUACGGUGCCCCAUAUCCCAAAGAAGUCGACCCAGAUGAGACCAUCUCGCAGGGUGGAUAUGCCUCGCAUAUUCGAGCCCACGAGUAUUUCGUCUUCCCUAUCCCUGACGCCAUCCCCUCCCACCUGGCUGCACCCAUGCUGUGCGCCGGCUUGACGACGUAUUCACCUUUGGUGCGGGCAGGAGUUGGACCUGGAAAGAAUGUGGCUAUUGUCGGCCUAGGUGGGUUGGGUCACUUUGGAGUCAUGUGGGCCAAUGCUCUGGGUGCAGAUGUUACAGUCAUUUCUCACUCUCCUGGCAAGAAGGAAGACGCUCUGAAGUUGGGCGCAAAGGAGUUCGUGACCUCAGAUAAGAAAGGCUGGGCCGAACCUCUUGCCUUCAAGUUUGAUUUUGUCCUCAACACAGCGGAUGCGACACACACCUUUGACCUCACUGAGUAUCUGUCCAUCUGCAAGGUCAACGCCACAUUCCACCAGGUUGGACUGCCAGACGAGCCUCUGCCAGCUAUCAAGUCUCAGAUGUUCAUGAGCAAUGGUAGCUCAAUCGGUGCAUCUCACAUCGGUAACAGACCAGAGUGUCUUGCCAUGUUGAAGCUGGCUGCCGAGAAGAAGCUGCACCCUAUGGUGGAGACCAUCCCAAUCUCGGAGGAAGGAUGCGCGAAGGCCGUAUCAGGAGUUAGCAAUAACAAGGUUCGUUACCGAUACACCUUGACCGACUACGACAAGGUUUUCGGAUCUUGAGGAUGAAAAGUCUGGGGUGAGAUAGAUCACGAAUUAUGAUGAGUUGAGAAAAGAAACCAUCAGCGGGGCAGCUUCCCGGAAUGAAAACCCAUACACAUGAAACCGCAAUUGAUCAUUUCUGCUGUGCUACGAACCGACCUGUCAAAGCGGCUCGUGGUCCUUUGCGAUAUGCGAGUGCUUUUGACGCCUUACAGCUAGGUUAUUUUCGAGGUGAAGCACGUACCGAAAUUCGCCAAAUUUCUAGCGCGUAUUGAGCAUGUAACUGGCCUGAUACCUAGUUUCGCCAUAGAUGAAUUGACGUUAUAAGGAUGGAGCACUGAUUGCGUAUCUUAGGAUAUGAAACAGAUGGAAGCGAAGUUGUCAUUCUGUCUACAAGUAUACUGUGAACGAGCGUGGAACGCGAAUGGUAUAUUGGGCCUUCUCCAUAUCUCUAUGACUGGCAUGGUCUAAUCCAAAGGAAGCGGUAAAGCUAUCCAGUGAUCAUCUUUUAGUUAGGUUCA